AGACAGAAGGCAUGAGGCCAGGAACGACCCCACACACUGUUUCCACAAUAAAACCAUUUGCUGGAACUUCCACAUCAGAAGCAUUUGGUCAAAGUGAUGUUGCUUUUGCAGGGGUUUCAAAGGAUGGAUCAAUAUGUUGGCUUGUAAGAGAGGCUGUUCUUGAGGUGAUGGAUGUAAGAACAAGCCAGUGUCUGUCAUCUUGGAAAUUUGGUGAGAUCAUCUGCGACCCUCAAGCCUACAUAACGUGUGUAAAGGAAUACCAUUAUGGAAGCAAUCGUAAACUGUUGGUCGGAGUUUGUUAUUCAUCACCAUGUGGUCUUCUGUGCGUUCUUGAUAUUCACCUUUCAAAAAUUACCAGGACCAUAGAGAUCCCACAAAAGAUUUCAUCAUUAGAUCCAAUUACAAACACUGGUGGAGAUGAAAGCCCUGUCUGGGCACUAAGUGCACACUUGCGGUAUUUCUAUGGCAUCGUUGCAGUGGGAACUAAUGGUGGCAUCGUGUAUCUGAUAGACAUGUGCCUGGAUGAUGACAUGGAAUCUGAUGAGAUAAAACCUAACAAGCUCCAGAUGUUAUCCCCCCGCUCACGUGACACAGAACAGAGGAGAGUGCAGGCCAUGUCAAGGUCCCAGAACCUCUGUAUGGUCCUAGAUGAAGAAGCACAAGGACAUGGAUACAAAUACAGAAAAUGUGAUGGAACUGUAAUGAAGACGUUUAACACAGAUGCUAUACAUGUCAGCUGCUUGCAGUAUAUCCAACAAAUUGGCAGUCUAUUUGUGGGUUUUAGCUUUGGUUGUUAUCAAAUCUGGAAACUUCAUGUCCCGGUACUUGAGUACAGCAGCAGAUUAGAUGGAGAGAUGGUCCCCAUCACACAUGUAGCUUACCAGGAACCAGAGAAUGAUCCCAAGAAUUUUAGCUACAUCUGGGUCACAAGAAGUACUGGCGAUCAUCAAGAUGAUAGUUUGGCAGGAAUUUCUUUAUACCAAUUGGCAUACAACAGAAAGACUUUGUACAGCAACUAUGGAGCUUUCUACGAGGACCUGACCUCAGUUAGUCUGAGGUUUGACCUUGAACUGGUGGCAUCUCCUUUGAAUCCUAGCCUUAAACCCUGUGUGUCAAGUCGGAUCAUCACAUGCUAUACAUUACAAGAUCCAUGUUACAAGCCACCCUCAAAACUGAAUGAAGAGGAAUCAUUUGAAGAAAGUUUACAUGGUCCAGAUCUAAGUUUGAGUGUUUUUGUGUGGGAGUGUUCUGAUGGAUCCAAACAGACAUCACACAUGGCAAUAUUUGACAUGAAUCGCUGGUACCAUGCUCAGAUGCCCUAUACUGUCAGAGCAGCAUCAGGGCCUAUGGACACUUGUUCUUACUUUUCCUUUCUAAGUCUGGAUGAGAUUGCGGAGCAGUCUGAGCAAGGAUCUGUUCUGGCUGUGUACCUAUCAGUGGAUAAGCUGAGUCGAUUUACCAACACCUCCCUCAUGCCACCAGAACAACACUUUUAUCCUUCUGCACUUGCAUUUAAUGCAUUGUGUGUUGUGGAUGAAGGGGUAGUGAAAGCACACUAUCUUGGGACCCAACGGCAGGUAAUGGCUACAAUGCAAAAAGUGGGACCCUCAAUACUUUUAAAUCCUAAGGAACUGUACAACUUGUGUAUAGUUGUGGGACUGUUGCCCAGGCCUCUGGACUCCACUGCCAGCAAUCCCACCCCUGUGCAAAUGAAGGAAUCCUUACUGACUAUGGCUCUUAACUACCACAUGCUGUCUUUCAUUAUCAAGUGUGUCCAGGAAUGGGCCCCAGGAGAGUUUGUGCAUGUUGGCUGUACUCUGAAGUUCCUCUUGGAUUGGGUUUGGAAUCGAGUUGCUGAGAUCAAGAACAACAUUGAUAACUCUUGUGUGACUUUGUACGACUUUUCUGGAAUUCCACUAGACAGGCGAGCCGUACAGACUCUGUACCAAUCCAAUCAGAGAUUGGGUAGUAUUGAAGCCAUUAUCAAGGCUCUUAUCACCCAGUCAGCACCCAGCACUGAAGAGGGUAUUGGUGACUUGCAGGAUAAGUUGUCUGUUGUUACGUUUAUACAGCAGCAUUUGCAGAUGGUUAUUUGGUUUUACAACAUGGGACUCCUUCCAAAUAAAGAUGAGGAGGAGGAGAAUGAUCAGCAGUACAAGUACCCAGCUGGAUUUCUCAUCCAGUCCUACACACAGAAAAGGCAGGAAAUCCAAAAACUGGACAGCUCUAUAGGAUUGACAGAUGUUUUGAUGAUUGAUGGGAUGGGAGAGCAGAUGGGAGAGAAGGUGCGGAACCUCUGGUACAGCGAGGGAGGAACUGGGAUGUAUCCUCCCAAUACUCUGCAUGCUUUGUUGAGUAUCUACCUUCUGGAUGACAUUUCUCUGAUGGACAAACAUUCCAUGGUUCUGUACUCUCUUUUGGACAUGGUGUCUCUAGCAGAUCCUGCCACCCAUGAUAAGUUGGCAUCACAAGUCCAAAAAUUCUCUAGGAAAUUUGGGAUUCCAUAUACUGUUGUGAAGCAGGUCCAAGGAUUUUGGCUCCUGGAUCACAAGGACUUCCAGGAGUCCAUGUCCCUGAUUCUGGACCCUCUGGUGACUAUGGACUUCGGCAGGUGGCAGCAUCAGCGAAUUGUAAAGUCCCUGUUGUACCAAGGAGAAAGUAAAAUGGCUGCUCGUUAUCUCGCAACUGUCCAGCCUUCCUUGUCUACUCCAGAAGAAGUGAAAUUAAAGUUAACAGUACUUCUUGCUAGUGGGUUAACAGCUGAAGCACUGGAGUACCAGAGAUCAUGUCAGGAUCAAACACAUGCUUGGGAUUUACUGCAACACAUUUUCCAGGCCUGUCAAAAAACUAAGAGGGUGGAUCAACUUCUACAGCUACCAAUGACCAGUCAGGAGGAAGAAACCCUUGUCCAGUUUCUGACCACCAGCAGUGACCAGUACUGCCAGGAGAUCCUCAUACUACACUAUUUACAGAGGGCUUGUUAUGUAGAGGCCAUCAGACUCAACGAGAAACUUAAACAAACUGUGAUGAUUGAUGCAAGUGCAAAAGCCAGAGAAAGAGCCACAGCCAGAAAUGCUAUUGUUGAUGGUUUCAUGUCGGUUUUAACGAGUGUGCAGAGGAAACUCGUUUGGGAGAGUUAUCAUUGCCAAAGGAAGCCACCAUCAUCAAGGAGAGAGGUCAAGAGACCCCAGCCUUUGUCUACUAAAGUCACAAAGAGAAACUAUAAUAUGCAGUCGCGGUCCUCUCUGUAUGCAGAUGUAAUGAACCAUGUGGAAGAAAUGGAGACUGAUGAAAAAAUGGACACCUCUGACAGAACCCCUGAAAGAAUAUCUAGAAAUGCUGUCUUUGGAACUCCUCUUACACCAAGAGUGAAUGAGACGUUAAAAACUACUGCUGUGGUUUACCCAGAAAUUAAUACAACAGCCUGGCAGAAUACCAGUCUCAGCUUAAAUGCAAGUGGUCUUACCCCCAUCAGAUCUAAAAUGAGGGUUCAAGGAGCUUCUGCAUUAAAACUCUUGCAAACCCCAAAAGUGGAACGAAAAACUCCAAGAAAAUCUGUUCGAUCAUUGUCAUCUGUCCCAACUCCUCAGUCUAUCUUGAAAGUCCGCAACCUUAUAAACAGCUCCUCCCAAUUACUGUCACCAGAUACAAGCAACAAAGAUCUGUCCACGGCACCUCCAUCCCAAAAAUUGGGCUUCAGUGGAGAGUCCAUGACUGUUUCUCCUAAACCAAGCAAGCCUACUUCUCCAAAAGUUUCGCUACUGGUGAAUUCCGAUUCAGUUCAUGGAACACCAAAAAAAUUGAGAUUUGCCAUGGAAGAUGAUGAAGGGUCUGCUGAACUGGAACCUCCAAUUCUUAGGAGAGUUUCUCCUGUUCCAUCUCCCAAAAAACUACGCUUCUCAGAUGGUGGUGCUAGGGAAUCAAUUAGUACCCCAAGAUCACCAAUUAAAGUCAAGUCAGCCCUGGCUAGAUCCCCCGUCCGACCUGUGAAAGACCGUAGUCCAACUCCGGAAAACAUUUCUAUGUCCCCUAAGAACCGCUCAAAACUGGACAAGGUGAACCGCACUCCGAGAACAAGUAUAUCAGAUGAGGAAACCACAAAAAACAAAGUCCAAGGAGAAGACAUAGAAAUGGAAGAAGAUGGAUCUUUCCACUCUCCAGCUGUGCCAUAUCCCAGUGAGAUCAGUGCCAUUAGAUCAUCACCGAAGGAUGUGGAACCAGCUGCCUCAAAGAUUGGGGAGGUGUCACCUACCAUUAUAAUGACAAACUUCCCCAAAGGGAGGUUCACUCAGCUGAAAAACUCCCCACAUAAAGCCAGUCCAAAGAAACUGAACAUCGGUUCAGUCUGCAGGUCUCCCACUGUCAAACUGUCACAGGAAAGGACGGCAUUGUUCAGUGAUAUAGAAACUGUAAAGACUUCAGAAGAGGAAGUUAGCACUACCACAGAAGUGAAGGAACCCAUCGAGAUUGACCUUACUAUGGAUGAGGAUGGGGAAGAAGAUAAUGUUCCUGAUCAAUCUGGUGAAGAAGUUAGUAUGACAAUGGAACAAGUUAAAGACAGAACUCUUGUGUCUGCAGCUGACAGUUCUGUAGACAACAUACCAACGUAUGCUUUCGCUCCACCAGCAAGUACAGAUGAUGUGCCAUUAGUAGAGAAAAGGGCUUUCCAACGUUUACGAUCAAAGCAUCAGUUUACUUUUUCACCACCUGUACAGGUGGAUUCACCUGGAUAUAAAAAUGGAGGUACUAGCUUUGAUUUCAGCAAGACAGCUGAAGCAGAUAGUACAUCGGAAGUGAGAACUGAUAAUAAUGAAGUGUUUUCUUCAAUGAAUGGAAAAUUAGACGUUUCCCCAGAUGAUGAAGUUAACAUGAAAAAGGAAUCUAAGGCGCGUAGAGGAAAUCUAAGAUCUCAGAAGUUUAAAUUUAGUUUAAAAUCUCCACCCUCUGAACAAAAACUUCUUGGAAGGAAGCCCUCCAAAUUUUCCAAAAAAGCAGAUGGAUCUUUUCUGAAUGAAUCAACAGAUGGUAGGACAAAAAAAUCUCCUGGUGAAAAAGACAAUAAAAAAGAUGUGUCUAUGUCUGUAUCAAAAAGAACACGUAGAACCCCUUCCAGGAAAACUGCAAAAAAGUCAGAUUCAGAGAAGGAAUUUUCUACAGAACAGGAAGAAAUGGAGAGUGAGGUUUCAGAAGAUAUUCCAGACUCUGGUACACAGCCUGAAAAUGAAGAAUCAGAGAGUGAGGAUAAAGAACACAAGUCAAGAAGAGGAAGGUCAAGGAAACAAAAUGUGUCAACAGCUCAGACAAAAGAACACAAGUCAUCAAGUAGAUCGCCCUCUACAAAAUAUAGGAAAGGAUCUAAAUCUGAAUCUUCAAGUGUAUCGCCCUCACAGAAAACUGCCAAAAGUCGCUCUAGAUCCAGGUCAAAAUCACAAGAAAAGGUUGUCAACAAGAGCAAGGUCACUCCUUCAAGACAUUCCACCAGGAAAACAUCAGAAUCUUUUUCACAAGAUACAUCUUCUACUAGAAGAGGAGGCUCAAAGUCGAAAUCUCCUGUUGCAGAAGUGCCCGUCACACCCACCAGACAUUCCUCCAGACUCAGAGGUAAAAAAUCACUCUCACCCUCACAAGACAGUAUACUAGAGACCUCUGUCAGAUCAAGAAGGACCAGGGGAAAAGCAGCAAAUUCCUCCUCCAGAGAAAGAAGUACAUCUCCAAAAUCAAAAGAGGAAAAAAAGGUGAAGAAGGAGGUAAGCCCCACUCCAAGGAGAGGAAGAAGGAAACAGCUGAACAGUGAGUCAUCUGAGGUAGAGGUUCACCAGACAAAAACCCCAUCUAGAAGAACUAAGAAAAAAGAUCAAGUGCAGCAGGAUGAAGUCAACAAAACUACUGAAACAGAGAUAGAUGCAACAGGAACAAGAAUAGUGACCACUCCUAGCAGACAGGGAAGGAAAAAGCAUAUAGAAGCAGACGAACAAGAAAAGGAGUCAGAAACUGAAAUUAAAGAACCUCCUGUGACUCCAAGCAGGCAUGGUAGAAAGAAACAAACAGAAGCAGAUACAGAGGAUAAGGAAUCUGAAGUGGAGAGUGCAAAAAUCUCAACUACUCCAAGCAGACGUGGCAGGAGGAAACAGACGAACACAGACUUAGAUGAUAAGGAAUCUGAAGUGGAUAGUGCAAAAAUCUCAACUAGUCCAAGCAGACAUGGCAGGAGGAAACAGACAGACACAAACUUAGAGGAUAAGGAAUCUGAAGUGGAGAGUGCAAAAAUCUCAACUAGUCCAAGCAGACGUGGCAGGAGAAAACAGACGGACACAGAUAUAAGUGUUCAGGAGUCAGAGAUUGAUGUAGUUGUCACUCCAAGCAGACAUGGUACAAGAAUCAUUGUAGAGAGACAAGUGACAGAGGUACUAGUUCUUACUCAAACCCAGAUCACUCCCAGUAGGAGAGGAAGGAAAAAACAGGCCUUAAAAGAGCUGGAUGGGGAGGAGGCAGAAGAGACUAAGAAGGAGGGCAGUUUGAAGGAGGAAGAGGAGAAAACAUUAUCAGAGCCAGAGAGUCAGGGAAUAGAGGGUGAAGAAAGGAUCAGCAAUAAUGAAGAAACUGAUGAGGACAAGAUGUCUGAAGAUGAGAAUAAAAAUGAAAAUGCAGCUUCUCUGUCCUUUGAGUUUGCAAUGCCAGUGGGUGUAGAGAUUGAUGAAGAUUCCAAGAAAGAGCUGGAAGCUAGUUUUGAGGCUGCCAAUUCUUUUAUCUUCUCCCCACCACUGACAAGGGGUUUGAGCAAACGUCUUAGUGUAGAACCAGAUGGUCGCACCAGUAUAUCCAGUCGUCUUAGUUUAGAGCCAGAUUCCAGAAGCAGGCCUUCACAGAUCAGAUUAAGUCAACAGGCACCUGAAACAGUUCCUCCAAUACUAUUACCUUCAGAUCUGGUAACACCCAGGCCUUCUAUUCAUGAAAAAAUAUCCAUACCAAGGAGAAUGUCUUUACGAGGUUCAAGAAGUGUGACUCCUGAAGCUCAGGAUAAACUCGCUGUGCCUAGACGAGGGGCCUCUGAACCUCCAGACAAUCCUCCAGUUAACAAAGUUAGGAGAAGGGGGAGAAAAAAGAGAGAGGAAUCCCCUGUGGAUGAUGUCAGUCUGAUUCCCGAAAUACCUGAGGAGGAGGAGGAGCCAGUACAGACUCGAAGUUUGAGGUCCAGACGGGGCUUCUCUGAGGAGCCCAAUACUACACAACGCAACACUCGUCGAGGGAGGAAGAAGGCUUACAGAAUUUGAUAAUUGUGCAUGGGGAAAUGAUCAAGAGAUAUAAAGAAUUGACAGAUAUCUUUAUUUGUUAGUACUUAAAUCAGUGUUUUCUCUUGAAGAAAUGACUGCAUUUAUUAUAUCUUUUUAUUAAGCAGAAUUUUUGUAAGUUCAGAAUGUGCAUAGUUGUUUGGAAUGAAUGCAGAGUUUAAUUGGUUAUGUACACAAUCUUAGAAAAUUACAGAAAAGUAAAAAUCAUUGUUUACUUAUUCAUAGGAUGUAUAUAUUUGUAAACUUGAAAUGCUGCAAUUGUUGAUGUUAAGGAGGAUUUGCACUAUGGAUUUAUUUUCUUUGCUGGGCAAAAUUUAAAAUGAAGACAAAUUGAUGCCAUUUGAAAUUGAUAUUUGUUGUCCUUUUUCAAAAAAUAAA